CGUCACUGACGCUGCGAUGCCUGUAGAAGCGGCUGGCCCGCAAUAACAAAUUGGAUGAAGACAGAAAUAUUACUCGCAUCGACUGAAAUAAGUUCAAGAUGGCGUCCGAUGGGGAAUUCGAGUCGAUUUUGUGCGUAAAACCAGAUGUCAACGUGUACCGCAUCCCUCCGCGGGCGUCGAAUCGCGGAUACAGGGCUGCUGACUGGAAGCUGGACACACCUGACUGGACGGGCCGUAUGCGCAUUACAGCAAAGGGGAAGGUGGCUUAUAUCAAACUGGAAGACAAAGUCUCAGGUGAGCUGUUUGCUCAAGCACCUGUUCAGGAAUACCCAGGCAUCGCUGUGGAGACGGUUAGUGAUUCCAGUCGCUAUUUUGUUCUCCGGAUCCAGGAUGACAAUGGUCGGAGUGCGUUCAUUGGAGUUGGAUUUGGGGACAGAGGGGAUUCGUUUGACUUUAAUGUCACCUUGCAGGAUCAUUUCAAGUGGGUCAAACAAGAGAAUGAAAUCAGCAAAGAUACUCAGGCUGCAGACUCGGGACCUAAACUGGAUCUGGGCUUCAAAGAGGGACAGACCAUUACACUGAAUAUUGGGCAAGGUAAAAAAAGGGACAAGCCCCGCCCACAGAGCUCAGGAGGCCUGGGGCUCCUCCCCCCUCCUCCCGGAGGAAAGAUUGCCCCUCCUCCUUCCUCCAAUCAUAACCUCCAGUCCUCCGACACAGUACAGCCCAUGGGAGGAGCACAGACAGCCUGUUUAUUAGAACUGGACAGCAGUAACUCCAACACAGUGGUUCAGUCAAACCCCAGCUCUGAUCUUUGGGGUGACUUCUCUAGCUCCGCAAGCUCUGUUGCUCCAGUGGCAUCACGCCAAGAACCCUCGUCUGGAAACUGGGUCCAGUUCUGAGACCGCUUCAUCCAUCUUCUCAUUAUUGUUCCCAUUCCUUCAUCAGAACCACUGCAAUUAAAAGAUACUGCAUAACUGUAUGGAAAAUUAUAAACAAGCUGUAUGGGAAACUUUAAUUUUAUCAUCUGCUAAUCUUAGCAGAGGCGAGAAAUAUGCUGAGAAGGAUUUUGUUGGUGUUAAGAGACAAAUCAACCAAAUUAAAUUAUGAACAAGAUUGUGUAAAAGAGAGGAUCAUCCCAUGGACUUUAUGUGUGCAAACAUUUAUGGUAAUGUUUUUGAAGACCGAUAAAGUAUCUGUACAAUUGUGCACAAUGUGUUGAAUAUGACCCUUUGUUGUCAUUACUUGUAUGUGUUUGUUUUAGGUUUUGAUGGAGUGUAUAUAUGUGUAGCUAUGUUUGAUAAAGCAGAAAAAGAGAGACUUGAAAGUGUAGAAUUUAAUCUAGGCCUUGAUAUGUCCACAGCUUGACAUAUUGUAUAGCAUAAGCACAUUUAAAAAUGUACAGUAUAAAUUAAAGUAGCAAAUACUGAUAAAAGGCCACAAUUUAGAGGAAUAAUGCCCCCUUAAAAACAGGGACUAUAGAUAUCCAUUACAUAUCCAAACUGUCAUUUAUGUGUUGAACAAAAAUAAAGUAUUC